AUGCUAUCUGUGUUUCCGAAGAAUUACCAUCGCAGGAUCAACAUGGCAACGGGAUAUAGGUAUAUCCAGGCACAAGGCCCAGAGUUCCGCACCCGUCUGGAUAUUGCUGAGUCGGCUCAGGUCGUCUUCAUUAUCCAGUACGGUGACUACAUGGAUUACAACAUCCUCAAAGGACUCUCCAAACGACCCGGAAAAUGCACUUGCCACCUCUCUCAAACAACUCCUCUUCCACUCGCCAUGGAAAGCUCUGGGAGUCUCCAUGAAGAUAUUGUCGCCAAGGUUGUUAUUGGUAAUGGUGACUCCACGGAGUACACAAGUCUGCAAUUUCUUGCCGAACGAGCGCCCGAGAUUCCUAUUCCAAAGAUUUUGGGCGUUGCCUCGAAGAUUAUAAAGCACUACUUGUUCUAUCGCGAAAAUCAUCGAGGAUCAUAG